CAACGCAGCAUGUUUCCACCACUGGUUCGAUUUCCUCUGCGCAUUCGCCGCCAGCGAUUUCUCCCAUACCGACGCAUAGGAUCCCUCUCAGCCAUUCCCCCGCUCCUCCUUGCACCCCUCGUCUUCACCGGCCUCACAUUGACCCUCUGGUCCUACAAAUGUCUCAUGAUGAUCCUGUUUCAAUCGCGGAUCAUCUACAUGCCCGGGAUCCCGCUCGGCGCUCGCAAAGAAAAGAUCAGUGAUUACGCCCCAUACUGUCGCGGUAUAAAGUGGCGAGAGGGGAAGAUCGCGGUAGGCGACGGGACUGUCCUGGCGACUGCUUCCGCGAGGCUGGACGGGAGCGGGGUGGUGCGGGGCCGGGAGCUAGUGGUGGUGUACUUCCAGGGCAACGCCUCGUCGACGCCGUCCCGGCUCCCGCACCUCUCUGCCCUGUUUUCCUCGCUCCCUCCGUCUCGGGGCCCCACGACGAUCCUGAUCCCGUCCUACCGCGGUUACUGGACAUCGACCGGGCGGCCCUCGCAGCGCGGCAUCGAGCGGGACCUGUCCGCCAUCUUCUCGCAUAUCCGCACUCAGCAUGGGGGUGCGGAGACGGAUGUAGUCCUGUGGGGGCAAUCGAUUGGGUGCGGAAUCGCGCUGACGGGGUUGGCAGCACAUCCGCUGCAGAAUGUGAGCGUGUUGAUCCUCGAGACGCCAUUCGUUAGCAUCAAGGACAUGCUCGUUGCAUUGUAUCCGCAGAAGUGGCUGCCGUAUAGAUACCUUGGAUUUGCUCUGUGGAAUCGUUGGAAGCUGGUUCAGGCGUUGGAGAUAGUUCUAGAGAGGGGGUGGAAGGGACGGAUGCUGGUAGUCGAGGCGGGCAAAGAUGAGCUGGUUCCGAGCGGGCAGGCGGCGAGGAUUGCGGAGGUCGCAAAGAAGGCGGGCGUACAUGUGGAGGAGGAAAGUGUCAAGGGAGCUUUGCAUGUGGAGUGCUUAGCAAAGCCGAAGGGACGGAAGAUGGUGGGAGAGUUUUUGGCACGGUUCGUGCAGGGGGAUGGUGGGCUGUAGUGGUCCGCCCUCGGACAAACUUUGGUCUAGUGUACACUGUACUCUACAGAGAGCUGGGCGUCGUUGCGUUUGGCCUAGUGUAUAUAUAGAUAGAGAGUUGAACAUGGUGCGUACAA